UUCACAAAUUAGCAAAGAAAAUUCUUCUUUAAUUUGCGAGUUUACUUUUGUUAAAAAUGCAAAGGCUAAUAAUCUGUUGUAUCUUGAUUCAUUUUUUUGUUUCACCCACUUUGUCCAUCAGAAUCAAUGCUGCAACCCAAGGGACAUUAGUUAAUGUGAUAGACCAAGGAGCUCGUGGUGAUGGCAAAACUGAUGAUUCAAAUGCAAUUUUAAGUGCAUGGCAGCGUGUGUGUGGAAUGGCUGGGCCAGCAACUCUAGUCAUACCUGCAGGAAAAGUGUUUUUUGUGAAAAGAUUAGAGCUUGAUGGUCCUUGCAAGGCCCAAAGUGUUCGAAUUCAGUUUGCAGGGAAAAUAGUUGCUCCAUCUUUGGAUGCAUGGGUUGGUGAUAAGGGAAAAUGGAUUGUGAUCUCAAAUGUAAAUGGAUUAACAAUUGAUGCGGAAGGAGGAAAUAUCGAUGGCAAUGGUUCUUCUUGGUGGGAGAAAUGCAAAAGUUGUCAACGACCAACAUCCUUGCGUUUCCACAAUUGUAAUGGUCUUGUUGUGAAUUCUUUGAGCAUGACAAAUAGUGCUGGAGCUCACAUAUCUGUAAAUGGUUGCAACGGUGCAAUAUUCUCUCAUAUGAAUGUUAUUGCUCCUGAGCACAGCCCUAACACUGAUGGCUUUGAUAUUGCUAAUUCCAAAUUUGUAACCAUACAAGAUUCUACUAUAGCAACUGGUGAUGAUUGUAUUGCCAUCAAUGGUGGCUGCUCCAACAUCAAUGCCACUAGGCUUUUCUGUGGACCAGGCCAUGGGAUAAGCAUUGGCAGUCUGGGUAGAGGUGGAGCUCGUGAGACAGUUGAAGAGGUUUAUGUACAUAAUUGCAGCUUCAUCGGGACUACAAAUGGAGCAAGAAUUAAAACAUGGCCGGGUGGAUCAGGUUAUGCAAGAAAAAUCACUUUCGACCAAAUCAUACUAAAAAAUGCUCAAAAUCCAAUCAUUAUAGACCAGAACUAUGGGGUUAAACAACUAAGUUCAUCGGAGCAAGCAGUGAUGGUGAGCGAAGUGACUUAUCGUGGAUUUGUUGGAACUUCGGCUAAGGACUUGGCAAUACUCUUGAAAUGUAGCACAUUGGGUUGUUUCAAUAUUGUAUUUGAUAAUGUUGACAUUGUAUCUUCGCAACCAGGAAAAUCAGCCUAUGCUUCUUACUACAAUGCACAUGGAUCAGUUACUAACACUGUUCCAAAAAUCUCCCUGUUCAAAUGAAUUCAGGAACUUGAAGUGAAGUGAAGAUUUAUCACAUUAGAUGCUAAUUGAUCUUGUUAAUUAACCUAUGUAAGAAGGUUCUGAUCUAAAGAUGCUACCAAAUUUUAUAGGCUAUUUAUAGUAGCAUUUGCGUUGUAAGAAUAAGAAAGACAUUUUGAAUAAAAAACUAAUUUAGUUUUUUAUCUA